GGCCACCGUAGCAGGCUGUUUCUAACUGAGAUUGAGCUAAUGAAGGAGCAGUAGGAAGGUUUCAUGAACUUUAGUUAGUUAGUGCGCGCGCUGUUGCGUUCAGUGGGCUGCAAACUCUCUUUUGGCGCACACCGCGUGCACACCGCGUGCACACAGCAGCCGCAGCGGACGUCAGGGAGAGCACCCACCUAGACCACAAAGAGGCAACUAGUUAGCAUUAGCUAGCGGCAGUGUGGCUUCAUGCUAACGUUACCGAGUUAGUUAAUUAAUCAUUAAUUAAGUUAUCUGUGCUCGCGGCGCUUGCGUUGACCUCUAAACAGUGCGCAAGGUCAAAGGGCGAUGCUGUCAGUCGUCAGGUCAGCGCUCGCGACAUACGGGAGGUCCCGGCUGCCCGGUGGUCCGGCCCUGGUCCGGUCCAUGUCGUCCUCGGGGGGGGGGGUCCCCCCUUACACCACCCUCGCCAUCAGUCACCCAGCAGAGUCCAUCACGCACGUAGAGCUGCACCGCCCGGAGAAACGCAACGCCAUGAACAAAGCCUUCUGGAGUGAGAUGGUGGACUGUUUUAACGAGAUAGCCGGCGACCCAGAAUGCCGAGUGGUUGUAGUUUCUGGAGCCGGGAAGAUGUUCACAGCUGGUAGGUUUCCAAGGGAGGUCCGGCUGCCGGGUGGUCCGGCCCUGGUCCGGUCCAUGUCGUCUCGGGGGGGGGGUCCCCCUUACAACACCCCUCGCCAUCAGUCACCCAGCCAGGUCCAUACGCACGUGAAGCUGCACCGCCGGAGAAGAAACGCAACGCCAUGA